UUAAACAUAACAAUAUUUACUAAUUUUUGUAACAGUUUCAUUUUUACCAAAUAAACUUCAUUAUAUAACAGCUAUGUCCAAACUGAGUGAACAUUAUUAUCUUCGAAAUCAUUACCUAGAGGCGGAGAAAGUUCCAACUCAAACCAUUAUGAAAGAGAAAAUGACGCCACCUCUGGCGAACAUUUACUUUAAAUCGAUGACUCCAAAGCUUAGGUUACUUGCUGGCCUCGAACCGCCAAUGAAAGGUGGCGGUAGUGACUGGUUCAUCCCACCAGAUGAAGUACUAAAGGGGCGGGCUGUGAUGAAACCUAUAAAGAAAUCGUAUCUCGCCAAGUUAGGAUUUAACGGCAUUGACAGUUUCGGAGAUAAGCUCGUUAAAGAUCAUCACAAGGCGAUGGAAGAAGAAAAACGGCGACUGCUUUUGGAAAGCGAUUCAAAAUGGAAAGCAACUGUUGAGGCAAGUUGCAGCAGGCAACGGGACGAAACUUCAAGAGAACAAGCUAAACAAAAUACAGCUAAGAUUCAACAAGCUUUCAAGGAGUUUAGCAUGUUGUAUUCCAAAUCCCUCACAAGUAUAGAAACUUUGCUUUUAGACGCCGCAGUAAAAGAAAUUGAGCGCGUGGAAGAAGAAACGUUUAAUAUAAAGUCUAAGCAAUAUGCGGAACUUCUUAAACAACAAGCGACUAUGUUAUACGACAGAUACACAAUUAAAAUGUUCAAGGAAAAGACUGAACAAAAAGACCAAUUUAUUUCCACUGUCGAAAAGGCCAGAACAGAGUUGGGCAAUAAGCUUCAUGAUAUUAAUGUCGAGAAACAUGUUGCAAUAGAUAGGUUGCGCGUUCUCUUAGAAUGCCAGAAUUUAGCAUGCCAAGUAUAUGUAGCUCUAAAAGAACGAGAAGAGUUCAAACAACAAAUCGAACUAUCCAAACACGAACAUAAGAAAACUGUGAAAAUUCUAUCCGAACAAAUGCAAAUGCAAGAUUUUGAAGUUCAGCUUGCAAAGGAGAAAGAGGAGAAACGACAAGAUUUCAUAAAAAUGUGGAAAAAAAAAAUAUGCCAUGUUAUUAAAAAAUUUCAAAUAUUUGUCAAAUAUUGCUUGAAUAAUUUGCCAGAACAUGCAGAAUUCUUUUUGAAUAUGGAAAAGUUAAUGCUACUGCAACUUAGCGAAGCUACGGAAAACCCUACAUUUGAUAGCAUUUUUGUGCCAGAGAAAACGGUUCUUGAUACUCCUGAACCCAAGCCACAUCCAUUUUUUCUCUUUUGUGAUAAAGGCUACAAACCAAAAUUAAAUCAAGAUUUAUGUCCGAAGCAUUGUACUUCUAGCGCAUCUCAGCUACCAGUCAUAGUCGUCAACAAACGAUAUAUUUAUGCAGCUUGUGAUAACGUUGAAACUUUUACUGAAAAAGUUAAAGAAUUCCUUGCUGGCUAUCGCGGAGAUGAUGAUGAUCUUAUCGAUGAUCAUGACUACACAUUUGACAUUCCCAUCAAAUGUAGGUCAUCUGAUCAGCUACUAGAACUAAAGUUAGAGAGCUCUCUGAUGCAAGUAUUACAAAAUGAACUUAUGAUUACAGAGCACGUUAAAGUUCGAUGUAUGUGUAAUAAACCAAACUGCACAUGUGAACAUCGAACAGAAAAAAUAUCUGCGAUUGCACCUACACAAAAUACUGUUGAAACAGAAUCGACUGAACCAAAGGAUUAUGGUCAAGAAAUAACUUCGCGAACCGAAGAAUUAGAACACGAACGCGAACCUAAAUGGGAAAGGUAUCUAGACUAUUUAAUACCCAGACGGUGUAAGUGUGCGAAAAGAGCUAAAAAACAUUUACAAGAUCACCUUCCAGCUUGUAUGCGAAAUAUAUCCCCAUUCGACGUGCCAGAGUUACCUAAUUAUAUAACAUGUUCUGUUGAUAAACUAAGGAAAUUAGUAAAGAGUGCGCAAAGAUUCCCAUCUUCAUCACCUACUGCGCAGAUUGAGGCAAAGACGAGAGAUAAAGGUACACAGUAUUCUGACCAGGAGUUUGAUUUUUUGUGUACUUGCUUUUCGGAAGAAGAAAUAGAAAAACUAUUUCACAAUGUUUUGAAGGGCUCUAAAUUAUUGGCACAAGAUCAAGAAACAAAAUUCACUGUUGUCGAUGGGUCCCUGUCACAUUCGUACCUUAAAAAAAGUGGCAGUUCAUUCGUUCAGGACAGAGCACAAUCUUUAAAGAACUUAGUUAAAGCAGCACCAGAAUUACAAGAAAUAUUCAAGAAAAACGAUUGUGAUUUUUAGAAGUCUAUAAAAAUUAACAAAAAAACUUAUUUUCAUGUAGACCUUUCACAGGCACGUUUUAUGAAGUAUUUAUACAUACGUAUUAGUUUACAUUAUUGGUAGGUGAUGUUGAUGACAUAAGUCGUUAAAUAAAAACUAAAACUAGGAGAUUGAUUGCCCGUGAUUACUGUUAGCACCAUCUCUCUGUUAAUAAAAGCUUAUCUAUGAAGUUAGAGCAAUUCGUAUCCAAA